GUUAAAUUCUCUUUUUACAAUGAAAUUGCACAACAACUGUCAAUAACCAAAUUUUAAGGCCUGCUUUAGUUGAGCCAGAUUCCUUGCACUUACAACUGAUAUAAACGUUUAAAACAAGAUAUCUGUAAAUAUAAAUAAAUUUCUAGUUGAAAGAAUGCCAAAGAAAUUUAAAGGAGAAAACUCAAAGGCUGCUGUGGCAAAAGCAAGAAAGCAAGAACAGAGGGAAACUGAUAAUGCUAGAAAAGAAAAGGAAAAAGAAGACGAAUAUUGGAGAGAUGAUGAUAAACAUGUUGCCAAAAAGCAACAAAGAAAGGAAGACAAAGAGAAGAAAAGAGUAGAACAAUUGGAAAAGAAGAAAGAAUUACAGAAACUUCAUGAUGAAGAAAUGGAAUCAAUAAAAGUAAAAAAGCCAGCUACAGUAGACAAAAUGACUAGAACACAGAUUGCUGAAAAUAUAGAAAAAGAAAGAAUAGCAACUGCAGCUGCAGCAGAGAAAGAAAAAGAAGAAACACAUUUGGAUAAACCAUUGGAGGAAAAUCUAAACAAACUACAGUUAGAGGGUGAAGCAAGAAGUGUUGAAGCUGCUUUAUCAGUUUUAAGUGAAAAAGAAGCUGCAGUUGAUCACCAUCCAGAAAAGAGAAUGAAAGCUGCCUAUAAAAAAUAUGAAGACACUAACCUACCUAUAUUAAAACAGGAGAACCCAAGUAUGAAAUUAUCACAAUUAAAACAUAUGUUGUGGAAAGAUUGGAUGAAGUCACCUGAUAACCCACUCAACCAAUCAGCAGAAUCUUAGCGCUACAUAAUGGAAGAAAAGAAUUUGCUACAAGGAACCACCAUAAUGUUAUACAUGAAACUAUCCACCCAGAGAUGAAAUAACAGACGGAAUAGGACAUGUAAUCAAAAGAUUUAUGUGUUGCAAAUGUCUGGAACACUAUUGUCAUGGCUUUACUGUUGAUUAAUUAUGAUAUCUCUUGCAAAUAAUGUCACUGUAUGUGUAAAAAGUCUUGUCCUGUCAAACUGAUGAUAUUUAAUUGUUAUUCAUGAUGCAAUGAGAGUAUACAAUAAUCUUAAACAUUAGUCAUAUUUGGUAGUGUUUAAGGCAAAUUAUGUGAAUUUAAGUCUGGAUCAUAAAUUUUAUUAUUGUAUAUGGAUCUUGCUUCUACAUAGUUGAGAUACAAAUCUCAAAAGUACAUGUAUGAUAUCAUAUAUCCAAGGUUUGUUACAUUAAAAUAUUUUCUUCUUUGAGUGAUGAAGGUAACAUAACUACCUUCUGCUCCUAGAAUAAGAUGCAUAUUGGUGAGAUGUCUUCCAUGCAAGAUAAAAUAUCAAAUAAAAAUACAUUAUGUAAUUUGUGAAAUGGUGAUUUAGAUUUUAUUUGUGAAAUUGAAGUGUUCUAUACAUUUUUACUCUUUAACCUUUGUUUAGAACUAAUAUUCCAUGUUUAUAUGUUUAAUUAUGAUUUUAUAUACAAGUUUUUUUUAAGCUUUUCUAUUUGAGAACAUUGAUAGUAAGCCAUACAAAAUGAUAAUCAGUUCUGCUCAUUGUUGAAGGCUGCACAGUGACCUAUAGUUGCUUACAUGUAUAUCAAUUGGUGGAUAGUUGUCUCGUUGGCAAUCAUACAAUAUAUGUUAUCAUGUUUU